AUGUAUUCAAACGCCUCGAGUCUACAAACUAUCGCUGUGGCUGCUUCUACUGAAGGUGCCACUGAUGUUAACACCCCUGAGCUAAACUGUACGGCCGAACUUGAUCUCAGAGACCUCUCACUGGAACCUUCAUCUCAAUCUAUCGACAGGGCUAUCUCGCGUCCAAGGGUCAUGACUCCCCCGGUCGGCUGGUCUCUCCAGUCGUCUAUCCCGGAGAACUUCCCAAUGUUUUCCAGGCUUCCAUUCGAGCUCCGAAGCAUGAUCUGGGUUCAUCACCACCAUGAGACCAACGAAAUCGUUAUCAACUUCAAGAAGACGGUCUACCGAGCUAAGAGUAACGAUGUCCCAAUCAAUAACGUGAACACGAAAGGCGUCACUAUCAAGCGCAUGUGGAGGAAUAAAGUUCGCGCCUACACUCCCGAGGAGAAUACCACUGGUCUUCUCAUCUGCAAGGAGUCUGCAACAGCGUACAAGCGAGCAAAGCCGUGUAUCUUUAAGUACCGAUUGACCGGAGCGAAGAUCCAUUUUAACCAACGCCAAGAUGUGAUUCUUUUCAGCGCCGAACACUGUUACUUUACCUAUCUGUACGCUCAGGCUAUUCGACCACCAGGAGGCUUCGCUGGCGGGUUCAUCGGGCUUGAGAACAUCAAGCGGGUUCUUUUCACCUCAUCCGCGCUUGUUUUCGACAUCGAUAGAGUGAUCGACCACUACAAGGCAGAAUGUGCUAAGGCAGAGGAGGGCAGGGAGGAUGCGAUGAGGUACGAUCCAAGCUAUGAAAGAUAUAUGAAGGAGGCACAAGACUACGAGAUCGUGCAGAUUAAGAAAGGUCAGAAAAACGCUCAGUACUUCAUCGAGAAAUUUGUUCUGGUUCUCGUUAAGAAUAACAUCCAGAUUUGGCAAGAAGGUGAAGAGAAUGAGGUUUUCUUGGCUCAAGUCUAGCGCACUUGAAGUUGGGCUGGAUAGUAUUUGUGUUUUGACCCGGGGGAGCUUGUUGAGAUUUUAGGAACUGUUUAUCUUUGAGUCCGGGAGCAUGACUAGACAUGAUUGGAGGAAGGGUGUUUUUCUUCCAGAAUAGCCAUAAAUGGAAGAAAAUGAG